AUGGCUACCUCUUUGAUUGACUUGGAUCUUCCCGAAAUAUUUGCAAAUAUCCCUCGCCAUGAGCUCACGCUAGGCCCAUCUCCAAUUCAUUCUCUCCCUCGCAUAUCUGAAGCACUUGGAAAUCAAGUCGCUAUCUAUGCCAAACGAGAGGAUUGCAACUCGGCUAUUGCUUUUGGGGGCAACAAGACUCGUAAGCUAGAGUACUUGGUCCCUGAAGCCCUCGCACAGAAAUGUGAUACUUUGGUAUCCAUUGGAGGCUUUCAAUCCAACCACACACGACAAGUUGCAGGAGCUGCAGCAAAAUUAGGUCUAAAGGCCAAACUUGUCCAGGAGAAGUGGGUGCCACAUGAAGACGUCGGAUACGACAAAGUUGGAAAUAUCCAGCUAUCAAGGUUGAUGAACGCCGAUGUCCGCCUCGACAAUUCUGGAUUCGGAAUUGAACACAAAGACACUUUGAAAAACCUGACCCAAGAAGUCAUCGACGCUGGAGGGAAACCAUACUAUAUUCCGGCAGGUGCAUCAGACCAUCCCCUAGGAGGUCUUGGCUUUGCACGAUGGGCGUUCGAGGUGCGCGCUCAGGAAUUAGCCGCGGGCAUUUUCUACGACACCAUCAUCGUCUGUGCAGUCACAGGAUCCACGUUCGCCGGUAUGAUCGCGGGAUUCAAGCUCCUGGAAAAACUAGACCGAUCGCCGCCUCGGAAAGUGAUCGGCAUCGAUGCAUCGGCGAAGCCAGAACAGACAUUUGCACAAGUCCUGCGCAUCGCCAAGCAAACGGCUGGCAAGAUCGGAUUGCAGGAAUCAGACAUCCAGGAGAAGGACGUCAUUCUAGACACUCGAUACCACGCCGGCACAUACGGUCUGGCCGACGAAGCAACUCUGGAGGCGAUCCGCUUUGGCGCCAGAACUGAAGGUUUCAUCACGGACCCAGUCUACGAGGGCAAGAGUCUUGCGGGUAUGAUUGACCUGAUAAAGAGGGGAGAGAUCAAGCCCGGAAGUACCGUUUUGUAUGCACAUCUGGGAGGACAGUUGGCCUUGAACGCGUACUCGGAAAUCCAGUGA